UCGUACCGUUUCCGCGCAACGAUUUAAGAUUAAAUUAUUUUUUUAAUCGAACGUCAGAGCGUGAGAUUUGGUUUUAAAUAUUAUUUAUCCGAUUUAUUUACUUUGUAAUCGAAGAUGCAGAGAGAAGGAAAACGAAGCUUGGACGAUGGAUACAAUCUUAGGGCGAAGAAGGCCCGAUUGGAGGAGCACUACGUUUCGCCGUACACGAACAAGAGGACGUACAGAAAAAAGAACCCGCUGAACAAUCUGCCGAACGAGCUGAUUCAGAAAGUGUUUACCUACAUAACUUACGAAGAAUUAGCGAAUAGUAUACGCUUGGUGAAUCGGAAGUUCCGGGUUUUGGCGCAUCACUUAAUCAACACCGCGUUUAGAAACAUCGAGAAAAGGUUGGUGCACCAAAAGAAGCUGAUUCUCAACUCUAUUUCGCAUUCCCAAGAUGACAUGGAGACGCGUUGCAUGUGCAAGAUGCUGAACACCAUAGAGUAUCUUAUGCUGCACUAUUCGAUUUUACAAUCAGCGAUUUGGCGGUACGUUGAGAGGGAUGAGACGGUUUUCUGCAUGUAUGCUGGUAGUAUUUUGGACUUGUAUGAGAAGAUCUUCCGGAUGUACAUCAGAGAACCACAUAAGGUCUACACUCCUGCAAUUUUAAAUGAUUACACCUAUCCGAAAGAGGUGACCAAGAUUAGUCAGCUCACGAAGACGUUUGUCCUUUACUUCGACCGAGUGUCCGAGCAGGAUCUGAACACGUCGGUCUUCUGUUCGGGCUGCAAGAUUUUAGAUAUUUUAGACUGCGCAACCGAAGCCCGCAAGGAUGUCAUAGAAGAGACGAUAGCCAACGAUGUUUUAAUUUACAAAGUUUGUUAUUAUUUUAGUAGAAGUUGGCUGGUAGCUUUGGAGACCAACGAUGAGAAGGCGAAGCCGUGGAACGAGCAGAUGAGACUGAUGUAUAUGAGGCUGAGGAGGAUUGUGGUUACGGGGAAGUGGGCAACAUGUUUUAUUAUUACGGAGCCAUGAACGAAGGAGCGUAUUUAAGUAAAUUUAAUACCUCGGAAUUUGAUAGCGUAUUCGAGGAAGAAGACUCCGACAGCGAGGAGCAAAUCCC